AUGCCAACUUCAAGGCUGAAGUUCCUGAAGCAGGGAUUGGCAUAUCAGGCUGAAGUUCCUGUCAACUGGUGCCCUGCACUUGGCACUGUCUUGGCAAAUGAAGAAGUGAUAGAUGGUGUGAGCGAGCGCGGACAUCCAGUGAUAAGAAAACCUAUGCGGCAAUCGACGCUGAAGAUUACUGCAUACGCUGACCGUCUUCUUCAAGAUUUAGAUGAUCUUGACUGGCCCGAAAGUGUUGAAGAAAUGCAAAGAAACUGGAUAGGAAGGUCAGAAGCGGAAUUGGAAUUUUGUCUCGUGGACAUCCAUGGUCUGGAAAUAGAGGAUAAAAUUAUUGGUUAUACCACAAGGCCUGAUACCAUUGUUGGGGCAACGUAUAUACUCUGUGUUAAGGGUAGUAUUGACUCUUCACCAAAUGCCAGCACAAUGCCUCAGGACCACAAUGCAGUUACAUAA